AUGCAUUCACUGGUCAGCUCACUGGUCAGUUCUCUGGCCAGCUCUUCACUGGCUGUCAGAGCACCACCCCCUCAGACUUGGAGCGAGGUUGCGACUGUCGGGCCGGGUUGGAUCAGUACAUCAACAGUCCAUGACACUUUUAUAUACACUUGUCCGCCUAUACCCACGGUAUUCGUCAAUGUCACUCAGUAUGUGCCUGUGACGGCGACCGACACAACCUCUGAAUACUUCACCGACACCACCACUGCAUCACUUACCAAUACUACCACCGCAUCGUACACUGAGACAACCACUACACCAAUCACCAUUUACCAAACGAUAAUUUCUACCACGAUCUUAACCACGACCGAAAUAGUGACCGAGACUUCGACCACCGUAUCACCAAGCCCGACCACACUGACUGCGACCGAAGAGCUUCUUCUAGAAACAUUCACUACCGAAGUCACCAGUAUCACCUUAUGUCCGACACGAAUAGUCAACCCGACUUUCACGGCAUUAGGGCCCUUUCCCACUGACUGGACAUGGGGAUGUCCUCCAGGCUGGCUGUGCAGGCCAAGUCGACAAAACUGCAACUUUGAAGCUGGUCUUCCCGACCAGAACUUCUACUGUGCGCCAAACGAGUGUAUCCCUGCCCAGGCCUUGCCCGAGCCCCUUCCGAUAUGGGACAACAGUAUCUACGGCAAUUCGACGCCGACCACGGAUCAAGGGCUGACAAUCCAAGCCAUCGACGACUACUUCAACAUGGACCCCACUGCGUUUGGGCUCACCUACCAGAUUUUCGUCGUGGAGGAAGUGUACACCAUCACGUCGACCACCCUUCUCCUCCCGACCCCUGCCGUCGCAGCACGGCAGGCUCAGACCAGCGUGCCUGGUGCCUGUUACCCUUGGUGUAACAACUGCCUCCUGGAAGCACAAUCGAGGGGCAAGAUCUCGGCCCUAUGCGUGCCGGGCUCUGCGUUCGAGGUGUCUCUGAACCAGUGUGAGCAGUGUGUCAGUGUGCACAAGAGCGACGGCUCUGGCAGUUUUGUGCAGAUCUCGCCGCAGUUUCAGCAGUUCCUGGACUACUGCGGCCAGUUCGCCACGGUGGUGUUGACAUCGUCCGUGACCGCCGUCACCACCAACACCCUUGGGUCGGCCUACAGCUCAGUGUCGCCAGUGAUCUGGACCACCGUCACACCGAAGAGCUCUGUGACCGUUUCCACCUCGGCAAGCCUGCACACCUCCGUGACCGUCGUUGUAGAAACGACAGCAACCACCGAAACUCUGAGCCCCUCAACAGAGAGCACGUCGACUUCGACGGCGACCAAAACGUUGAAUUCGUCGUCAAAGUCUCUGCCAGUCAUCACGACGACGACAGUGGCUACUAGCAGCGGUUCCACGCCGUCCACGCUCUCAUCCGAGUCUCCAUACACCACGACCGCGACCGUCCCUACCACCCUGUUCUCCCUGAGCACCGUCGGCGGGAGCCAAUGGUCACAAAUCACCAUCAUCCUGCCUCUCGGAGAUAACAGCACCACAACAGUCUACGGCUCGGAUCUGACGAGCGGCGCCACACUCGUCCUGCCGGAGCCUUCGACCACGAGCUCGUACCUGACUACAAAGACAGUCACGCCCGGCCAUCCAGGCUCAGGUUCAGCAACGGCACAGAGCACGACUUCUCCCGCCGCCCCGUCUACCUUCUCGGGCGGCGCCUCGCGCCCGAGAGUCGCAGUCACAGUCACCGCAGGAACCCUAUCCUGGGAAACCACGAUGCUUGGUCUGGUCAUCACAUGCGCCGCCGCCUUUGUGUGGUGA